AUGGUCAGCCCGACAGGUGUGAAACGAGACGCCAAUCAUUUGACAACUCCAGUAGCGCCAAAAAAAUCCAAGGCUAACGGCAGUAUCACGUCUUUCUUUGGGGUGCCCAAAGCGAAAGCCAAUACGUCUGAGUCCAAACCGCCGGCUACCUAUGCUUCCACCUUCAAUAAGCAGAAAUGGGUAGCAUCUUUAACAACCGAGCAAGCUGAGCUCCUUCAACUCGAGAUCGAUACUUUGGAUGAAAGCUGGCUGUCACAGCUAAAGGAGGAACUUGUAACACCAGAGUUCCUGGCGCUGAAACGCUUUCUUCGAAAAGAAAAGCAGUCUGGGGCCAAAGUCUUCCCGCCGGAGAAUGAGAUCUACUCCUGGUCUCGUCAUACACCUUUGCACAAAGUGAAAGCAGUGAUCAUCGGCCAAGACCCAUAUCAUAACCACAAUCAGGCCCAUGGCCUGUCAUUUUCUGUUCGCCCUCCUACACCCGCCCCUCCAUCUCUUGUCAACAUAUACACUGGGAUCCAGAAUGAUUAUCCGUCCUUUCAACGGCCGCCAAACAAAGGGGGUCUUCUAACUCAGUGGGCGGAGCGUGGUGUCUUAUUACUCAAUACGUGCUUGACAGUACGUGCCCAUCAGGCCGCUAGUCAUUCGAACAAAGGGUGGGAACGGCUUACUCAGAAAGCCAUUGAUGUGGUAGCCCGGGUGCGAUCUCAUGGGGUUGUUUUCCUUGCAUGGGGUAGCCAUGCAGGAAAGCGUGUGGCUGGUAUCAACCAACAAAAACAUUGUGUUUUGCAAUCAGCUCAUCCAAGUCCACUCAGUGCAGCCAGAGGGUUUUUUACUAAUGGACACUUCAAAAAAUGCAAUGAGUGGCUGGCUGAACGUUACGGCGCUGACGAAGUUAUUGAUUGGAGCUUGACAUCAAAUGUGAAAACUAGCUCCCCAUUUGUUACAAUUCAGGGUCCUUCUACCGCGACUAAUACGUCGAAAAUAUCCACAACAAAGCAGCCCUCGCCCGAUCCCCUAGUGGAAGAUGCUGAUACAACACAGCAUGCACAGCUUCGAACUACUGAUGAGUUUGAAGACGAUGUUGAUGCUCUAGAGGCAUUGGCGGCAGCAGAAACGGCAGAUUGA